GCCUUAGACCCACGGACCGGCGGACCGGGAGACCGGGAGGCGGGGCGCGCAGCGCACGGCACCGCGCCCGCCCCCACGCGCGCUCGCACCGGCGGGCAGGUGAGCAGGCAGCGCCGCGCCCGCAGUCGCCAGCCCCCGCGGACCGUCCGAGCCACCGCCUCCGCCGGCGCAUCACGGACGCCCAGCAGGGAUGAGGGGAGAAUCUUAUUUCAUCGGCAUGAGGAACCCUGGGCAGCAGGGGCACAUCCCAGAGGACGGAGGACUUUUCUUACUCUGCUGCAUCGACAGAGACUGGGCUAUAACUCAGUGUUUCGCAGAGGAAGCCUUUCAAGCAAUCACUGACUUCAAUGACCUUCCCAACUCAUUGUUUGCAUGCAACGUUCACCAGUCAGUGUUUGAAGGAGAGGAGAGUAAGGAGAAAUUUGAGGGACUGUUCCGGACUUACGAUGACUGUGUGACGUUCCAGCUAUUUAAGAGUUUCAGACGUGUCCGAAUAAACUUCAGCAAUCCUAAAUCUGCAGCCCGAGCCAGGAUAGAGCUUCAUGAAACCCAGUUCAGAGGGAAAAAAUUAAAGCUCUAUUUUGCACAGGUGCAGACUCCAGAGACAGAUGGAGACAAACUGCAUUUGGCUCCACCACAGCCUUCCAAACAGUUUCUCAUCUCACCCCCCGCAUCUCCUCCCGUUGGCUGGCAGCCCAUUAGCGAUGCCACGCCAGUCCUUAACUACGACCUCCUCUAUGCUGUGGCCAAACUAGGACCAGGAGAAAAGUAUGAGCUCCAUGCAGGGACUGAGUCCACCCCAAGUGUCGUCGUGCACGUAUGUGACAGUGACAUAGAGGAAGAAGAGGAUCCAAAGACUUCUCCAAAGCCAAAAAUCAUCCAAACCCGGCGCCCCGGCCUGCCACCCUCUGUGUCCAACUGAGCUCACAGCUCCGCCUCGACGAUAAUAUCCGUCUCCUCUUUAUCAUGCUUUUUCCCUCUAUUGUUUGUUUGUGGAAAAAAAAAAAUUGCCUUUAAAUCCCUGGGUGUCUGGUUGUUUGAGAUUCCUUCAUUGUAAUCAAGCCUCUUGGACAAAAGGGCUAGGAAAAGGUGAUAGGUUUCCUGAUCAUAUCAUACUCCAUCAAGUGUAAUUCAUUAUUUAGAAGGUUCUAGAAAAAAAAGUAGCAUUUUGUUAUUAAACAGUCAGUACAGCCUGUAUCUUCAUUCUCUCAUGUUGAUCCAAGCCAGAGACACCAGUAACAAAUAGCACCUGUGUUGUUUGUGAGCUGUUUCAGUCCCAGUCCUGAGGUAUGUGCAUUGUUUUUUCCUGGCCACUUAAAUAGGACCAUAUGUAAACUUGACUUUGACUGCAUGAGAUACCCCUAUCUGGUCUCACUCAGUCCUCUGCAUCCCGACAUUCCCAGGACAUGCAUGAUCACCAGCAUUUAUUUUCAUGAUAACACACUAGAACUCACAGUGUCAGCAUCCAGCCAUGUCCUCUCUAGAUUAGGAAAAUGAUCAGCGUCGUCCAGCUCAACAAGUCUGGGUAUAUUUACUGUUUUGAGUCAAUACUUCAUAGCCUGUUAAAAUUCCUGGAAGCAAAACUGAGCUGGGCCCCAAAGAUAUUCCGUGAUAGAUUUUGAACACCACUUGCAUAUAGAAUUUUCCCAGCCUCACUGGGGAGGCUUGUCCAGGGUGAUACAGACCGAUUUCAGACGAACCUAUUUAUUACAAAAGUUUCACAGUGUCUGAACGAUUGUUUUUUUUCUCUUUGUAUAUUUGUAUAAAUGUUUCGGCUGUGCUUUUGAAAUCUGGAUGUUUUUUAUUUAGCGAUUGUUCAGCCAUUAGCUGCUUAAGAACCUAAUAUGUGCGUUACUAGGAAUGCAUUCGUAUACUGAUACAGGUAAUCUGAUAAUAUUAACACCCCCUUAUGGAUAAUGCUGAAUUCUGAAAGGGCACAACAUGUCUCACGCCAAUAUAUAUCUAUGUGAUUAGCCAGCAUCUUUGCUAUCAAGAACCCUUUGUUUUAAAAUAAAGUGAAAAUGCAAGUGUCAGUGGUAGACAAUUGGGAUGAAGCUCAAUCUCCAGAAUGCAGCUGAGCAGAUUAAAACGGGAAGGGUGAUUAAAUACACGUUUGCUGAUCCCUAUUCAUGCAAAUGCCCACGUGCUUAAAAGAGUUGUUUUUGUUACAUGUGAUUUUUCUAUUUCUCUAGCCCAAAGUGCAUUACAGAAGAUACACGUGUAGAACCGUUACCUUUUGCUGUAUGUGCCAGGCCUCAUCUCUUCCUCUACAUUAAUGAAUUCAUUUAGGUGUAAAUGCGAAUUGUGGUGGAGUGGGGAAAUACUUUCAUUACCCAAGCCUCAGAAAAACACGCAAGAACAGUAACGCAGCCAGCUGAUGGAUGGAUUGUUGUGGUUUUUGACUAGAGUGUAUUUUAGUCUCAUCAGAAACUUCAUAGACUGAUCACGCAGAAAUUCAAGUCCGUUCUACUGUGAAUAUAGCAAUAUAGUACUGGACGCAGUACAGGAGAAACUGAGGAGAGCAUUGCUAGUGAAAUCUUGAGUUCCCGUAAGAAAAAUGAAGGCUCCUUUAAAAAAAUAAUAAAAUCUGAGGAGUGUACAAUAAGCAAGUGCUUUGGCUUUCCUUUGCUGUGGAGGUUUUUUUGUUGUUUUUCCUUGACCAAUGACAGACUGAAGAGUUAAUAGUGGAGAAAUGAUGCCCUCUAGUGGAAGAAACAUUGCACUCACCUAUUCAGAUGACCAGAGAACUUUGACAACAGUCAGCUGUGUUUCUUAGUCGUCUGCAGAUCAUUUGACUUCAUAAGCUACCCAGAGUUUUCAGAAUGUGGGUUCUAAAGAAAGCUGGGUGAGAGAAAAUGUUUGGAAAUGAUUUUUAAUUUUUUUUAAACACAUCAGACAUUGGCAACCAAAUGUAGUAAAAGUUGAAAUGACCAUUUUGUACCGUCGUAAAAUGAAAUCAGUGGAGUGUAUAAUCUGUGUGCUUCAUUUUAGCGAAAUUUGUUGCAAAAUGACAAUGUUAGUCUGUCUCAGAUCAAGUAAUUCUUUCAUUAGAUUGGGCUUGGGGAAGGUGAGAAGGGGAACUUUUGCCAGGAGAGCGGCAAGAAAUGAGAAGGACUCUCUGAAGUGUUUUCAGUGGUAACUCAGCACUGUGAAAGUCAGAAUUGCCUCAGCAUUUCCAUGAUGCACAUUAUGCAAACCUCUUUAGCACUAUUUUAAGUAAGAAAUGUUUAAAAAUGGAGGAGGAGAUUUCCACCAACUGAAUCAUUUGUGCACGUGUAUAGCUCAAAGAGCUUAGACUUCAAAUAUACCUGGUGAAUGACUCUG